UUUAGGUUGAGCACGCGCAGGCGUAAAAAGUUACUGUUGCUACUUGCUCCAGGAAGAGAAGAGGCAUUUAAAAAAAAAAAAACUGUCUGCGAAAGAUAAAAGAGGUUUGAUAUUGCCUUUUGCGUUAAAAUAAGGUUUUUAAAUCCGAACAAUACCAUAUUACGUGGUCGCAAGCGCGUGGAAGUGUGUAUAUGUUAGCCAGUUAGCUAACGUUAGCUGUCUCGCGCAACAACGACUGGAAGUGUGCGACUUAGCAAACCAGAUAAUGUGAGCUCGCUAGCAAGUUUCUUGUUUGGUUACGAAUCUAGUUAGCAGGUUGCAUUUUAUAUAGGACUAUUGAUGAGGUAUUGUGAUUGGCAUUACGUUAGGUUGUAUUUAUUUAGUUUAGACUUCUAGAUAGUCUCACGCGACUAUGCGCUUUGGAAUGUUGGAUCGUCUCAAACAAAAAUAAAGCAGUAGAAGCUAACUCUUCUGUGCUUGCUAGCUAGUUGUGACCAGCGUGUUUUCCUGUACAUUUAUUUUGAGUUUAUAUAAUGGAUGCUGCUAUCAAGAGAAGAACCUUGACCUAGUUAUUUUUGAACAGCGGACCUAGCUAUUUGGAUGUACAGUGUGUAUUUGUUUUGGAACUAGCAAACGUUAGCGGUUGGCUAAUGAUGGGGGCCCCAACAUAGUUAGCCAACUGAUAAUAAUCAUGGGAGGAUGUGUUGGGAGAGAACGCGAGGAAACACAGGGCCACGGUUCAUCAAGGAACGGUGGAAGGGCACACCGAAAACGUGGAGCCCGCAAUGAGCCCCUGAAGAAGGACAAGCCCAAGUGGAAAAGUGACUAUCCCAUGACGGAGGGCCAACUCCGCAGUAAGAGGGACGAGUUCUGGGACACAGCCCCGGCAUUCGAGGGCCGCAAAGAGAUCUGGGAUGCCCUGAAGGCAGCCGCUGUGGCCCUGGAGUGCAAUGACCAUGAGCUGGCCCAGGCCAUAGUGGACGGAGCCAGCAUCACACUGCCACAUGGAUCCCUGACAGAGUGUUAUGAUGAGCUGGGGAACCGCUACCAGCUACCUGUUUACUGCCUGGCCCCACCAGUCAACCUGAUCUCAGAGCGCAGUGACGAGGACCCCAGCGACAGCCCAGAGCCCACUGCCGCUCCGAAGAAGGAGUUCCAGCUGAAGGUGCGACUCUCCACAGGCAAGGACCUGCGCCUCAGUGCCAGCAUGGCUGACCCCAUCGGGCUGCUGAAGAAGCAGCUGCAGGCUCAGGAGGACAUCGACACGGCCCACCAGCGCUGGUUCUUCUCGGGCAAGCUGCUCACGGACAAGACCCGCCUGCAGGACACCAAGAUCCAGAAGGACUUUGUCAUCCAGGUCAUCGUCAACCCUCAGGCCCCCAUUAACUAGGUCUUGUGUGAGAGGAGGAGGAGCAAUGGAGAGACCCGACUACAUAGGAGGGACUUGGGAUAAUGGCUUUACCGCUGCUCUUUAAGACAUUAGAUGAAAUUAUUAUUUUUUUAAAUACAAUAAGGGAGAGACUCUGAAGUGCUGCUUUUCAGUGUUUUCAUUGUCCACUAUUAAAGAGUGUGAUUCCUGUUCAGUGUGUGCGACUUCUCUGUAAGAGGGUUGGUCGGUCAGUUGGUAGGUGGGUCCAGCGGGUCCCGGCCACUCGCUCUGACGGGUCUUCUCUGUGUCCCUCCCGGCACCGACUUUCAGAGUCACACUGUCCGGUGAGCCCUCCACCCUCCCAGUGCGAAUCAUGGUAGAUCUGUCCCUUAGAUGAGACACUGCAGGUGUUCACCGCAUGAUGCGGGCACAUGAUCUGUCGGUGACCGUCGGCCUGGAUUCAAAUGCACCUGUAUUUUCGUUGUUUUAUACUUUUGUAUUUGAGUAUUUUCAAAUACACAGCCCUAAACCAAUUUAUUUUUGGAGUAUUACUAUUUAAGUAUUUGAAUAGUGUCCAUGUUAUUUUUCAAUUUUAAAUGCAUGAUUGCAUUUGAGUCAGUGCAUUGGAUUAUUUUCAAAUACUUUCCCAAUGUAAUUCCAAACACUUAAACGUAUUUUCUGUAACUCAAUAAAUCUAAAUACUUUCAGAUGUACAUGACAGUAAUGGUUGAAAUAGUAUUUGAAUCCAGGUCUGCUAGCAUUAACCAAGUGCCAAUAGAAAACGCAGUCAUUUGGAUUGGUUGUAAAGCACAUCUUUUUCCCUACCUGGACUCUGCUCUGCAAAGCCUUUAGACCAUAAGGACCAGGGGAAGGGACUGAGAGGAAAAAACCCUAAUAAUCGGUCAUGGAUGCCUACCCACCAUCACCUUCACUCAAAUACAAACUAUUUUUCUUUCUUUUUUUAAGAAGUUAAUCUCAAACAGAGCUUUUUUGCACACUUAAUUAUACUUGCGUGUUAGUUUGUGUGCCUUUAAGGAAGAAAAUGGAACAGAAUCCUGGAGAAAAACACUAGUUUUACUGCUAAAGCCUUCUGUCUCUAGAUUCAGGUCUGAUCUUUUCAUAGAGCUAUAAAAAUCCUAUAUAUACUGCUGCCUUUUUCAAUCAUCUGUCUUUAUCUGUUAUUGAAUUUAAGAUUUAAUGCUGGCGUUCGAAUGGAUGUUGGCAACAUGUUGUUCCUACAGUGGUUGUUUGCCCCUCCCCCCGUUUUUAUGUACUUUAAAGUUGCUGUAAUUGAAGAGCCACGCCAUUGUAAGUUGUGCUACAUCACAAUCCUGAGCUAAACACACUAACAGUUUAAUGGUCAAUAUGGUAGACCAAUGUAGUCAUAGAGGAGGAACAGUGCUUUCGUCUAUCUGUCUCUGAGGGCCCUUAACUGUGUCUGAAGGACUCUUUUAUCCUUCUUGUCUUUGCUUUGGCAAUUUUCUUUCCUUCUACAAAUCUUUCGCCCUCAGGCUUAACUAGCAGGGUGGUCAGAUGCAUUUCAAUCCCUCUGUAUCUGCCUGGCGAAAAGCCUGUGCCCGUAGCCAACCAGCCCAGUGUGAAGUUGGCUCACCAGGGUUUUGUCCAUUCAGCACACAGCGUAAUCAUCACCUUGCUUCACCCAAAGGACAGGUCAAGCUGAGUAUCUCUGCCCCUGUGUGCCUAUGAGGCCGUGCUGCCAUGGAGAUGGCAAGAGGUAGGCGUUGUUUCCCGUAACCACGUACAUAGGGUCAGGUCUGUUCCUAAUCUAGACUGUUCAGGGGAGGGCUUGCGUCGGACCCUUUCAGUGGUGAGGGGGAUGAUAGAGGACUGAGACUGUCUUUGCUGUGGUCAUCCCAACUAAUUGCUGCUUCUCAUUUACUGACCGCAGACUGGGUAGGGAAGAAUCAAACGAAGAAGCACUCCGACUGCAAUCAAAUUAUAUUCCCCUCUAGCCUUAAUGUGGAACAUCAGAAACCCCAUAAUACACCUUGGCAGAUGGUAAAGCUGGAGAUGGGGAAGACCUGUACCUGUAACCCUGUGUUCUCUUCAUGGUUAUGUUGGACUUUCAGGAUUUAGUUUUAUUUGUUUUUGUCCAAAUAGGCGUCAUUUGAACUUCAUCAGUGUAGCUUAAACAGUUUAUAACUGUGCUGGGAAUAUAUUAAACAUUUAUGCAAACUUGAAUAUGUUUUUCCUUCAUCUUACAUUGUAUGUGCAAUAAGGAAUAGACCUCCUACCCCUUGAUUCUCCAUAUAUUAUGUCUAUACGGUUGCAUUAGCUAUGACUAUUGUAAAGGUUUUUAGAGACAUAGAACUUUACGUAGAAGCCUGCUCUGUUCGUAUUGCUUUGUCUUUGGACAAUCAUGUUUUUUGAUCUAGUCCCAUGUUUCUUAUUGCAUUUGCCUCAGUUUUAAAUGUUCUCAGUCAAUAAAGCAUUCUAAUGUCCUCUUAA